UUUUGAAAAUGUCAGAGUCAUCAGGAACACACAGAAGCUUAUACGUUGGCAACCUAAGCAGCAAAGUCCAUGAAUCAGACCUAGAAGACAUGUUUGGCAAGUAUGGACACAUCCAUAGUGUCAGGAUCGUCAAGAACAAGUUUGGCUUUGUUGAAUUUUCCAAUGAAGAAGAUGCUGAGUACGCUCUAAGGAAAUGAGAUCAGAAGCUCUUAUUUCAGAGACCCAUCGUAGUAGAGUGGUGCAAAAGCAGCAAUAAGAACAAGAAAAACAGAGAUGCAUGAUACAAGUGAAAUGAGAUAGGCCAUUGGGCUCAAGAGUGUCACAAAGGCUAUAGCGGAGAAUGUUAUAACUGAGGACAGAUUGGCCAUAAGCAAAGAAAUUGCCCUGAAAAUAGAAGUGAAGGCAGCGUUGCAGGUCGUAGUUACGAGAGAAGAAGUGAUUACAGAAAGAUUAGAAGAAAAAGAUCCUCUUCAAGAAGAAAAUUCAAAAGAAGAAGAAGAGACAGCAAAAGCUACAGUCGUAGUGACAGCAGAAGAAGUUCGCUAACUCCAAAAUCAAGAUCUAGAAGAUCUGAUAGCCGAGAUUACAAAUCAAGAAAAAGAAGUGAACCUGAGAGAAGAAAAAGCAGGUCAAUUUCAAGCAAAGAAAGAGAGCUACCUCCAGGUUGGAGGACAGAAAGGCCUCUUCCAAAAAUAAAUAGAUCUCACUCAAAAAGGAGUAGAUCUUUUUCGAAAGGAAGAAGUGAAAAUUCUACACCUAGAAAAAGAAGUAGGUCAAAUAUUAGUAGGAGGGACUCCAGAUCACCUCUGAAGAAGAAUCAAGAAAAACAGAGAGAUAGAUCCUUAUCCAAAAAAUCUAAAUCUCCAAGUUUUAACUCAAGAAGGAGCUUAUCGAACCAAAGAAACAAGCCUGAAUCAUGGAAGGAUCUCCCAGAUUCUAAAGAUCCUGCCAAGAAAUUUGGAAAUGAGUCUAGACUAAGGUCACUCUCAAAAGAGAGCCCUAGGAGGUCAAGUAAAAGAUCUCCAAGAAACUCAAGAGAUAUCUACUCUAGAAGAAGAGACUCAAGAAGUCUGUCAAGAAGAAGAGAUUCCCGCAGCAUCUCAAGAGGAAGAAGACGAAGCUACAGAAGAAAUAGAGCACCAAAAAGGUACAGAAGAAAAUACAAAAGACGCAGAAGAAAUAGGAAAACAAGGAGAAGAUCUCCCAGCUCAUACAGCAAAGAAGCUUCAAGAAGUAGAUCUAAGAGAAAAAGAUCUCAAAGCCGCUCAAUAUCACCUCAAAUAAAGAAGAGGAAUAGGAAAUCAAAUGAGAAGAAGGAAGAUGAAGGCAAAGGAUGGGGUUCAGAUACUCCAUUUCCAACAGAGUCCAAAAAUACUCUAAGACCAAAAGAUCAAACCCUCAAUAAAGAUUUUGAUAAAGCAAAUCAGAAGCCUAAUGAAUGAAGUAAUAAUGAAAAGAAUGAAUCUAAAGUUGUAGAAAGCAAGAAAGAUCCUAUAAGUCAUAAAGACAGUAGGAAAGAAAGCAAGAUAGAGCAGCCUUCCAAUGAUUUCACAACAGCAGAUAAGGGACCAGAAAGCCCAGAAUCAGAGAAAGCUAGGGGUCAAGCUACUCAGAAAGACACAAAGAUGCAGCCUAAGGCUUAAGCCAUUUUUUAGUAUGACCUCCUAAGUUAUGAAUUAGUAUUAAAUCUUCAAUCAAAUUG